AUGGCGUCCCUCCUCGUCAUCUUCGCGGUCGAGCUUGCCGUCGCCGUGGUGAACAGCAUCGGCGCAGCGACCAUCAACAACCUGCUAUGGAAGCUCUACAUCGCGACCCCCUUGGGCACCUCGAAGCAGAUCCGCGACCAGCGCGAGCUACAACAAAACUACCUGAAGGUCCGGCGUGACCUGAACGCUACGAGCAGCCAGGACGAGUUCGCCAAGUGGGCGAAGCUGCGGCGGCAGCACGACAAGAUGCUGGAGGAGCUGGAGAAGAUGAAGACCGGAAUCGACGGCUCCAAGGCCGCCUUCGACAAGACAGUCACGACGGCCCGGUGGCUGUGCACCUCGGGCCUGCGCUACUUCCUCCCGUUCUGGUACUCGAAAUCGCCCAUGUUCUGGCUGCCGCACGGCUGGUUCCCUUACUACGCCGAGUGGAUCAUCUCGUUCCCGCGGGCGCCCAUGGGCAGCGUCAGCGUCGCGUCGUGGCAGCUCGCCUGCACGGGCGUGAUCACGCUGGUGGCGGACACGAUCACGGCGGUCCUCGGUCUGGUGGCGGCCGCGAUGCAGGGCGGGAAGGGAAAGCAGGCGGAGGAACCUGUCAAGGCUUCUGCCGCCCCCGCGGGCUCGGAAAAGUCACAGGAAAAGGAGGACAGCAGCAAGAAGGAGUUAUAA